AAAGGGCGAGUUGGUCAAGUAUGCCUUUCUCCGGAUUACGUUUCACCAUCUCCUCCUUGACGAUAUCCGUGUUUCAUAUUUUCCCUCAGGGGACCAUUGGAGCAUGCAUCGGUAAAAAUUUGGCGUUUAAUAAGCCUACAGGCGUCUGGCCUGCAGACAACGGAACCUUAGAUCAAUGGGACAUACCGGUAAAUGGCAGAAGGAAUAAUCCUGCACAGACCUGUCCAGAGAUUAACAGCCUGAUGAGUUCCUCUGGUCGUUAUUGGUUUGUGGACUUGGGAAAGGGGAUACUGGUCGGGAGAAUCAUUUUCACCUUUAGAGGACACAAAGACCAACAGGUCGGCUUUCGCGUGUCGUUGUUUAACGAACGUCCAGCAUUUAAAUGGGGCAGAAAAAAUUGUUUUCGAAGAGAACCAAGUAUAUUAAGCAAGCCGUUUGAGGUGCAGAUCGUGACUUGUCUCAUCGACGAUCCAUAUCGGUAUGUCGCAGUUAUGACAGAAACGCAAAUUCCGAGGCUCGAUCUACACGUACUGAUUUGUCAGGUGGAGGUCUAUAGUAACACGACAGACUCGGACAGUGACCGCUUUGGGAACUUCAUUGCCUCUCCUCCAUUCAUGCAGCCUGUUCAAAAGUACCAGGUCUUGACUGUCAGGAGUAGGAUAGACUGCGCCAUGAUGUGUUUCAAAGCAGAGACGUGUGUCAGUUUCGACUUCACAACUCAAACAAGAGAGUGCGACUUCUUUAACUACACGAGCGCGGCUUCGGCAUCAGCGGUUUUGCCACCAUUCACCCUGGACUGUCGUAUCGAAACAUAAUGCGAUACGUGACUUUUAUAAGACUUUCCGCAAAGUGUAAGCCUUUAUUCGUUCCCGAUUGGCAGUCCGUCAUGUAUCACCAUUGGUCUAAUCUAAAACAUUAGAACAACGGCCGUAGCGUCUGCUGUGUCCAAAAGUACGUGCUGUGUCAAAGGAAAUGGCAGGCCGGGCGAUAUUACAACUUACUGAUCUUUUAAUUUAAGAAGAACUCUUUUAGUACUGCAUAGUGAGAAAUUUAUUUGCUGUUGUGUAUAUUGAGACCUAUAUUAAGUAUAAUCUUCUCAUUGAGUAGAUAGUUUUUCCAUAAAACUGAAUGUAAGCAGAUGCCAUCUCUCAUACACACAAUACAUACAAUAAAAACUUGUAAGGCGCUCAAAUCCAGCAAUUAAACUGUUCGAGUGCGCCCCCUAGCGAGCAAAGUACUUCUGAAAUAGGACCGUCUUUAGAGGUUGUGUCUAUAGGUAACCGUUGACCACAUUGUUAAUUGAACGCAUCAAUCAUCAACGAGCAGGAGACUCCACUAUUGCUUCGCCUCGGUCACAGUGAACUGAGCCAAACAAAGCCCGAUGAAGUAGUAGAAGAUGUCCCCUUGGAAAAAAGUGUCGGAACUUGGUAUUCUACCGAAUUCUGGUAGACAUGGUUCUACAUCUAUAUAGAUGCCAUGACUGGUAUAAAACAUGUACAUCAGAUAUUAAAAGCGGAUAAGAAUCACUGUACAUGUAUAACCCGGACAUUAUAUUCUAUCCUUUGGACAGUUGAAAAACAUUUCCACUCCGGUAGUUGUUCUUGAAAUGUUUCUGCCUUGUUUUCCAUUGGGUCAAGUGGGAUUCAUCUUAGAACACGAGAGACAGGGAGAGGAAUAAAGAAUAUACAUGAUUUUAUAUAAUUUCUGGCAACUAAAUCACUGUAAGCGUCUACAUAUUUUUGUCUAU